GGAUACACCGCGAGUUUAUAAACACCAUGAGCAACAGAAAGUCUGUCACACAAGACCGAAAUACAGGGAGGGAAGACGACCAAAAGCCGUCAAGGUUAGCUUGGGUUUAUUUUUAUACUUAUGAAGGGACGAUAGUUUAAUGGGGUUAAACUUGACUGCUUUAGGUUGGGGAGGUUAUACAGUCAGUCAAAGUAUGUGAAGGGUUGUUUUACAAUCAGGCUACGCAAGCUAAAAAUCACAUUUAACACUUAUCUUCAAUAUCAAAAGGCUUGACUAAAUAAACUUGGUUGUUUAUUGUAGCCCUGUGAUAGCUCUAUUUACCAUGCAAAAAAAGUGUGGUGAUAACGUUAUUUUUGGUGAAUGUAUGGCAAUAUAUAUGUCAUAUUUAGCAAAAUUACUCGUGUCAUUUAGAAAAAGUGCUUUUUUUGACCACAGGUAGCUCCAAAAGGGAUGCACUUACAUCAUUCUUUAUACCAUAACAGUGGCGGCUGCUGGUUUUUAAAACAGGGGAAGCCCAUUUUACGCAUUCAUCGUAAAACCUGUAGGCCGGAUAUCAAAGCAUAGAAAGGUGUGCCCCAUUAGCAUAGGGAACUAGACAACCCUACCUAGUGGCAGAAAGUAUUUUUGCUUGUACAUUUCAUGUUAUAGUCUGGCUUGCCAGGCUAGUGCCUCAUAUCCUUAAUCAAAAAUAUCAAACAUCCAAAAAUCACUGGCUAUUCAACAAAGAGCCUUGAACAUCAUACGCUGAUAUGCAACACAGAGUCUUUAACACAACACCCAGCUGUGCAACACAUCCUUGAACAUCUUCUGCAACACAGUCUGGAAAUCCAUAACCAGGUGUACACUAUUAACUUGGAGUCUCGGUUUCUCCUGGUGCAAGGAGUACCUGCUAUCGGUGUGAUGACCGAACUGGUGCAACUUUUUGCACUUUAUGGAGUGAUUGAGGAAUAUAGAGUUCUUGAUGAAUAUCCUGCUGAACAAUUCACUGAAGUUUAUCUCAUAAAGUUCCAGAAACUUACAAGUGCAAGGGCUGCUAAGCGGAACACUGAUGAAAAAAGCUUCUACGGAGGGAUACUUCAUGUAUGUUAUGCUCCUGAAUAUGAGACUGUAGAAGACAUAAGAAAGAAGCUCCAUGACAGGAGGAGCUACGUGAACAGAGCAUGUAUAAAAUCCGCAUGUGAAAAGGAACCUACAGGAUCCAAAAAACCUGCAGAGUUGUCAGCACCGACAUCAUCUCCACGGGAGGAUGGAAACGGUGCUCCAACGGAGACUUCAAAUCCCAACACGUAUUCAGAGUGUCCACUGUUGCCCUUACCACCACAGGAAGAAGCCCCUCAGCAAUGUUUAUCUUCGAGGGGAUUUAAAUCACACAGUCAAACAAGUGUACCAACAGAGGAUAAGAUGGGAUCUCUACAUCAUUUCAUCCCAGAACUUUCCAGACAGACCUCAAAUUGGCCAAACUCAGCAUCUGCUGACCAGGAAGAAAGGAACGGGACUAAAAAAUCCAAAAAUCCUCCAUCCACUGUGCCAAGGUUUAUACCAAGGACAGCACAUUUGGAAAACCGAAAGAGGAAAAUGGAGGACAGUAUGGACUUGUUGGGAAUGUUGGACAAAAAUGCUCCUGUGUUUGGACCCAAGCUACCAGAACAACAGAGAAUGGACAUGGAAGAUGCUUCAUUAAACGUAACGGCCAACUUAAUCAGGCAAACAAUGGCAAAGGUUUCAUCAAUUCCCACAGAGACAAAGACCACCACCGCAAAGCCUCGGAGAAGAAUUUAAAUAUCACAUUCUACCGAUUCCUACAGAGUAACACAUUGUACAGGAGCUGAAUUUACAAGGUUUUAAAACCUUGUUAUGAAGGUAUUUUAGUGAUUUCAGGCCCCAGUGUGUCCUGAAAUGCAUGUUGCUCAAACGCCUGCACACACUGCAAAGCAAACAAAAAAGCAGAACAUUAGUGAACAACUUUUUGUAUAUUUCAAAAAUGAUGGCAAACUAUUGUGGUUUGUUUUUGUAUAAUUUUUAUGAAAGAUGAAAAUGAUUUGUAAUUUAAAGAUGCUUUCAAUUAAAUUGUAGAGCAUUUUUAAAAAUAGACAUGGCCACAUCAAACUGAGAUGAGCAUGCAUGCCCUGUUUGGGGCAUUGUCAGCUACUGGUUUUUACUUUAAUGGCCACCUGUCUUAAGCAAAGAGUUGUUUAGGAGGAAAUACAAGGCUUGUCAGUGUAUGGAAAACUGCAAUUAAAAAACGGGCUACAGGAGGCUGUUUAAGUGAAUGUAAGUACAUUCAUAACAUGUUUAAGUGCACUUUUUUUUUUUUACCUUUACAUCAGGAAGACAAGAUCCAAAAGCCUCUAAAAACAGAUUUUCAUCCAUCACAGUCUUUUCGAAGUCUGAAUAUGAAAGUCUGUUGUCAUGGUCGUGAUCCUGGACACCAACAUCAGUUACAGAAUAAACGUUACUUGAACUGUCA